AGCGGUAAGUCCACUCACUCAGUUGCAAUAACAUCAGUUCAGUUCAGGAUGAAUUCUGGUGCUUAUGAAGUGAUGAAAGGAAAAGAAUGGAAAGCUAUUAACUUUGAUUGGGAUUUUUCAGUCGGUGAUAAUAGACUCAGAAGAGGAAUCGCAAUUAUACAGCAGAGGCAAAGUUUCAUUAAAAUGUUGGCAGAUUUAGAGUUUGAAAUUUAUCCAUUUGAUAGCCAAAAAAAUGUGAAGUGCACAAGAAAUUUAUCCAAGACCCAAUUUUUGGAGGAAUUGAAAAAAUUUAAAGGACUUUGCUGUAAUGGCUCGUGUGGAUGCAUUUUGGUGACAGUGUCUUCCCAUGGAGUCAUUCUACCGCAAAACGGACAGACAGGCAAUGUGGCAACAUAUGAGGAUUACGUUUUGACACAUCCAGAAAAAGGAAAAACCGAAUUCUCACCAAAUUUUGAAGAUGAACGUGUCUCGGUGCGGAAAAUAGUUGAAAUAUUCAAAGAUCCAGAAUUAAAAGGCAUACCAAAAAUAUUCUUUAUUCAGGCAUGUAGAGAUGACUCAAAACAUAUUUCUGGAGAUCCUGGGGUAGAUGUAGGUGUACAGAUUAUUGUUGUAGAAGAUGAAAGUUUGUCCGGUACUUCAGUUGAAUUUCUACCGACCCCACUAGAAAACCAAACUAAAAAUCCGGGAUCAGAUGAAGGUGUACAGUUAUUUGUUGGACAAGAUGGAAGUGUGUCAGAAUCUACUGUAACAGACCUUAAUGUCUGUUGUGAAGACAUUGACAGGGAAUCUGAAGAAAAUGACCGGACUUUUGAGAUACCUCUGCUUUAUAGGGAAGUCCAAAAAUAUGUGUUUAGAAUAUUUUGCAGUCUUACAGAUUUCUUCACACUAAUGUUUCUGGUGGAAAAUAAAGACACAAAGGAUGAUCUUCAAAAAAUCCUUUCAAGCAUGGGGUAUAAAUUUCCUGAAGUUAGUGAAGAAGUUAACAUUGGACUUGGUUCCAAAGUUUCUGCUGAUCCUACCACCAUCAGAGGUGAAAUAGAAGAUGCCAUUAACAGUGUAAAAAACACCUACAACAUAAAAGUUAUUAGAGCAAAAGCAAUUCUCACUGAUGAAGAUUUACUCCAAAAAAAAUGCAAAGAAAUGAGCUCAGAAUAUCACAGAGGCAAUAUUUCAGCACAUUUAUUUGAGGGAAAUAUUUUGCUUGUUGGAAGAAGUGGAGAAGCAUUAAAUGAGCUUGGCAGGAGAUUAAAAGAGCAACAAUAUAUAGGCCAGGAACAGAUUGAAGACCUAACCCCAACUGCAAGCAAUUCAUCAGGUAUUUCAGCAAAAAUUCCACAGAUUCCACCCGAGAGCCAAAUUGUAUACUCGCCUCCCUGCAUUGACGAUAGUGUCAUAGUGUUCUCAACUCCAUUUGGCUAUGCAGCAGGAUUUAAUACUGUGAGGGGAAGCCAUGUUUGGAGUGAUCUAACCAAGAAAUUUAACGAAUUUAAAAAGGCACAGAGGCCUCUAAACCUUCUGGACUUACUGAGAGAAACCAACUGGCAGCUAUCUCAAACUGAGAAAACCAUCAAUAGCAACACAAAAGUUGUUGUAUAUAAACCAUUGCUCAGUAUCUGUCAUACACUUACAAGACACAUUGUGUUUGACAGAAAGGCUGAUUAGAAAAGACAAAGUCUUCUCUAUAUUCCCACACAGAAAUGUUUUUUGUGAAAAA